AAUUAUCGAAGAAUGAAGGAAAAUUACAAAGCAAAUCGAACACUAAUUGCGAACGGGACUUGAGAGACGGUGUUUCUUUUUAUUGGGCGCGUUCGAUGUCCGAAUUGUCCGAUUAGUCCGAUUCACUUUGGCGGCACUGUCGAGUGACAAGUGACAACUUCGGCACUCGGCGACCGGGAGAGGUGCUUCGUUGGCGCUGCGGGACGCGGCAAGAUGCUUGAUACUUCUCCGGCGGAGUGUCCUCGGGUGCGUUGCGGAAUGUCGCCUGGAUCCCGGGAUCGCGUUCCGUAAAGUCGGCCGAGAUCCCGGGACUUCCUCAUCGUCGUCCUUAGGCGAUAUAUGUCGCUCGCGGCGAGCGGACGCAUAUCCGGACAGUAACGACGACGGUGUUCGUGAAUUUUCCGGGCACACGGUAUAGUGGUGCACCGGCUGACCUUUCGCGCUGUAGCUGUAGAAGUGUAGAGACGCACAUUCGGAGUAUUCGGACAUUCGGACAGGAUUCUGUCAAGCCUGUCGAGACACUCGAGACAUCGUCGGCGAGAAAAAGAGAGAGCGAGCGAGCGGAAAAGAGAAGUCGGGGCGAGGACGCCGUCUUCCCCUUUCGCGCGGCGCGUUUCGUUUUCGGAGCUCGCUUCGCAAGUGGCGUCAAGGCAAGGGUUCGAGUCGGACUAUGGUUUUCGCUGUGGUAGGUUAAGGCUCAAUCUGGCUUGGAAUCCUGACCGCGCGCCUCCGCAGAUGAAGAUGAGCGGGGAAAUGUUCGAGGAGAAGGACUAUCCGACUCAGUGGGCGCUCAAUCCCUCGGCUUAUCAGAACAUGAGUAACGAUCAAGUGGAUUGGGCGGCUCUGGCACAGCAGUGGAUAAAGAUGAAGGAGACCGUGGUCCCCCCGGCUCCACCGCCACCCAACAUAAAUCCCAUAUGUUCUGCGAAUGAUGGUAGCGGCGAGGCACCGAUGGACAUGGAUACCAAGGACGACGACAUGCCUCCUGCACCACCUGCGCCAAACAUCAGUGGAUCUGAAGCCUGGACUCAAUGGAACCAAUGGGGUCACUGGAACACCUCGACAUCCGGAACCGGCAAUUGGGAAUGGAGCGGGGUACCUCCGCCGGGAGUUACCGUAGAUCCCGAUGGCAAGCCGAUCGGACUUCCGGCUGUACCGGUCAUACCACCUGCACCAACGAUAUCGACCACUACUGAUUUCAACACACCUCCUCCCGCGCCGUCGCUGUACUCGUACAACUCGGUGCCAUCCGGACAACCGUUUAAUCAGGUUACUAACUAUUGGUCCGGUGAGCCGCCUAAUGCAGUAUCGCCACAGCCGCUUCCUUUCAUGAAGGGUAUCAGGCAUGCGAGUAGAGGACCUCACAUGAGGGUGAUGGAUCCCGUUCGAUGUCGAGAUGACAGAGAAAAGACACCACCGGAAGAGGAUACCACUACGACUAUAGAUGCCGCAAAACGGAGACAGUUACCGGCGUGGAUCCGCGAAGGAUUGGAGAAGAUGGAAAAGGAGAAGCAGAAAGCUAUGGAGAGAGAAAGGUUAGAGAUACUGAGAAAGCAGGAGUUAGAAGCUCGCAAGCAGGCGGAAGACGAGGCGCGCGCGGUGCUCAAUCCCAGCAAGAGUAAAUUUGAUUCAGACUCGGAGAAGGAAACUGAGCAGGAUCUCGACGCGGGUAACGCACGCGGACAGCAGUCUGCGGAAAAGAGCUACGAUCGCACUCCGGAUAUCGUUGUACGGCCGCGAAGAUCGCGAUUCAGGGACGCCGAUUCGCCCGAGUCUCAUACGGGCCCCGAUGAGAGCCCGACUGCUCUCUCUGCGGCUAGUACGGUCCCGAUCGUGCAAAAGCGGUCUCGGGAGGAAAUUUUACAGGAUGUGAUGUUGAAAGUAAGGAGAUCGUUGACGGAGAUACUUCUAGAAGUGACGAACGAAGAGAUUGGCGCGGUAUGCAGGGAGGUUUGGAGCCGCGCACGUGCCAAAGUCCCUGCAGGAGAGAUCCCCGUCGCAUCCCUCAACAUGGCCCCUCUUGCUCAGAUCACUCACAAAUCACUCGGUCUGAGCAUCUAUAACGACAGUAACAGCGAGUCCGAGGAGGAGCAGAGCGAGCACGCGCAGAUACAAAACGACGACAGCGAUGAGGAAUUGAAGGAAACGCUGAGACGACGACAGCAGGCGUUCCGCAAGACGGAGGAGGAAAUCGAGGCGCGGCUCGCUGAGGAAGAGGAGGAGGAGCAACGCGGCGAGGAACAGUACAGUAAUAAGCAACAGGAAAAUCAUACCGGUAAUACUAGCUGCCGGGAGACAGUUGAUGAAAAAGAAACGGUAGAUAAUCAAAGAGAAGCGUCCGAAACUUUGUCGAGCGGCGGUCAAAGUCCAACGGCGGCGCCGCAGAACGCGCCGGCGGCCGACGGCCAGCAACCGAAGGCGAGCAGCACCGUGUCAGGUUCCCCCGAUUCCGAGUCGAGCAGCAGCGAGUCUACGAGCAGCUUGUCCGAGACGAGCCGCGAGUCCGCAUCCAAGAAGCACGAGAAAACGCGCUCGGGCAAGCAGCAGUCGCAGCAGCGCGAGCAGCAACAGCAGCGCGAGCAGCGUUACACCCGGCGACGGAAGUCGAAGAGCAGGAGCAAAUCGCGGAGUGGCAGACGGUCCACCAGGUCGUCGCGUUCGUCCGAACGUGGUGGCGGCCACCACAAACGGCGGUCGCGCUCGAAAUCGGCGAAGUCGCGCAAGGAUUAUCGCUCGCGGUCUUCGCGGUCCUCCAGCGAUCAUAGAUCAAGCAGAAAGCGUCGUUCGCAGUCGCGCGAUCGGAAGCGCGCGAGAUCGCGUUCGCGUAGCUAUCGACGCUCCAGAUCGACCACGUCUACCGAUAGGAAGUGGUCCUCGCGAUCGCGCUCCCGCAGAUGGAAAUCUCGCUCGCAUUCCAGAGAGAGGCGGCGGAGCAGCCGGUCGCGCAGCAAGUCGUCGCGAGUAGCGAAACGCGGAAGAUCGCGCUCGAGAUCGCGCAGCCGUUCGAGAGACCACAGACGAUCGAGGUCCUACGUUUCUGGGAGGAGCCAACGGCGGAACAGUCGGUCCAGGUCGCGGGAUCGAAGUAGAAAAUCACGAUCCAAGUCGAGCCAUCGCGAUGGUAAGAAGUCGUCACAUCGAUACAGGAAUUGAGGUCAGGACCUGCUCCUAGCCCAAGGUUGUAUAUUUAUUCUGAUUGUAACUUUAACAGAAAAAUACGGGAAAAGCAGUGAUACAUUAUUUUUGACAAGCUUGCCGCUUGUUAUGUAGACUAACAAGAUUUUUUUUUUGUUAUAUUGUCGCGCAUUUGGCUCUCAUUUAUUGCAGCGUUUAUGUAAUAUCUUUUGACAUCUGGUGCAGUAAUUAAGAUUGUACAUUAUACAUAAAUUAUGGCGCUUCAGUAUGGUGCAGAAGUCUGUGGUACUUGGCAAGGAACUUUUGCUUUCUAUCUGUUCCUUGUUAUUUGAAUAUUAUUUUCUUAACUGCAUGCGCGCGCGAAAUAAUUACAGAUCGACGAAUAUAUAUUUUCGUUUCUUCAUUAUAUAGUUUUUUAUCAAUCGAAGUUUAUAUUGUGAUAGUAAAACUAUUCAUAAAGAAUAUAAUUUGUUAUUAUGAAAGAACAGUGAAAUUUUUGCUCAAUCUUUUUUUGAGGGUAAUAGCAAUUUAUAUGCAAUAAAGUUACUUGAUCACUUCGUAGAGUUUGUAUAGAUAUGUUAUGAUACAGAUUCAUUAUUAGAUUUAGUUGUAAGAAAUAAAAGUGUAUUAAAUUCAUGAUUUAUGAUUAUCACGAUUUACGAUUUAUCGAGACGCACUCAAGAUUAACAAGCAUUAAUUUGGCAUUCCUAUCUAUUGAGCGUCUUUAGAAUGAACGAUUUUCCUCAGAAAACAUUUUUUUCAAGUAGACAUUUUAUUAUCAAUGUAAUAUAAAAUUUCUAGAUUUUCUUCAAUCUAAUCUAUAUAUUCCACUAAUUUUUAAUAUUUAAGAUUUUCCUAUUCGUUUUAAAAUUACGUUUAUCGAUAUUGCAUAUCUCCAAGUAACUAUUAACUAGUCACAUGCGUUUUUACGCAUAAUAAUUUUAUGUAAUUCGUACGUGACAAGAUAACACAAAUGAUAGGCAGUUAUUAUCUCAUUUUUUUGCGAAAAAAUGAAUUACUAACCGCUUUCUGAGAGAAUCAUUAGGAUAAAUCUUGCAGUGAAAUAAGUAAAGAACAGCAUAAUUCAAAUCCAUAAUCCUUUUGUCAGAACAUUUAAAAAGUAUAUAUCAUUCACAAAAUGUAAUUACUAAUAAAAAAAACUAUCGUUUAUUUUUUCGUAAAGUGCAAUUAUUCCAUGCGAAAAUAUAGCAAAUUAAAACGAGUCUAGGAUUUUUAUUUUCCAACCAUCUUUUUAGAUAUCAGAAUUAUAAGACUCUCGCAAUUUGAUAAAAACGCGCGCAUCUUUAUAUAGUGAAGACUAAUAAAUAUUGUCGAUAGUAUUCAGACGCGGAUUCUUAUUUAUCGGGGGUGAAUAAUAAACUCGCACACUUCGUCAUUUUUGGGAUAAUUUUGCCCAAAAAAAAAAAGAAAUAUCGCUGUAAUAAAUCUUAUUCAACAUAUUGAUACAAAUAAAAAUUUUGAUAGAAAUUACUUUGCAGUAAUAUCUUUUCUCUAUUUUGUACAAAAUUAUUCCAAGCAAGAUCAUGUGUGCAAAUUUUUUUUAUUUAUGUAUCAAAAUUAUCAUAUUGUCUAAUGUUAAAUUAUACACGUACAAAUAAGCGUUGCAAUUAUAUAAUCAAAAGGCACUUCAAUAACGUAUGAUUCGUAUACGAGUGAAACGGUAAAUACAUUUUAAUUUUAAUGAGAAAAAGGAAUGCUUUGUGUGAACUUGAUAAAGAGCAUUAUUCGACCUAAUUCGAAGUAACUGAUCGAUAAUUUUGUAGAUUGAAUCCGCGCCGGGUUAUCGACACGAGUCCUAGAAAUUUUAUUUUGUUUCAGCAUCUUCCACUGGCUUCCGCUCGGCUUCAACGUUUCACUAUGAUUCAAUUCGUCAACAUACACAGCAUUGUGGUACAGUUACAGUUUUUGAACAUGCAUCACGUUCAAUCUCUUCUCUCAGAUAGUGUAUAAAAAAGUCGUAACAAUACAUAAUAAUAAAUAGUAAUACUUAAUGGCUAUGUGUUAUAGAUGCGUCUAAUAUUAAUCGCUCUAAUGUACAAAAGUCUAUCUUUCUUUUCUAAAAAAAAAAAAAAAAAAAAAACAAGGCACA